GCUUUUUCUUUCUUUUUUUUUUUUUAAUAGGAAAGGGAAAAAAAACCCUUCGGAUCUGAUUUUUCGCUCCUCGUUCUUGCCUUUGGUUCUUACUGUGUUUGUGUGUUUUAACGGCGAGAAGAGGGAACUAAACCCUCCGGAUCCAUCCGAUACUGGGGUGGUUUUAAUUUUUAGUUUCUCUCAAAAAAUUUUUUUUAAACAACCACUCUUCACAAUGAACAAACUGUAUAUUGGAAACCUCAGCGAGAACGCUGUCCCCUCGGACCUGGAAAGUAUCUUCAAGGACGCCAAGAUCCCAGUGUCGGGACCCUUUCUGGUGAAGACUGGCUACGCGUUCGUGGACUGUCCGGACGAGAGCUGGGCCCUCAAGGCCAUCGAGGCGCUUUCAGGUAAAGUGGAACUGCACGGGAAACUCGUAGAAAUUGAACACUCGGUCCCCAAAAGGCAAAGGAUUCGGAAACUUCAGAUACGAAAUAUUCCGCCUCACUUACAGUGGGAGGUGCUGGAUAGUUUACUAGUCCAGUAUGGAGUGGUGGAAAGCUGUGAGCAAGUGAACACUGACUCGGAAACUGCAGUUGUAAAUGUAACGUAUUCCAGUAAGGACCAAGCUAGACAAGCUUUAGAGAAACUGAAUGGCUUCCAGUUGGAGAAUUUCACACUGAAAGUGGCCUACAUCCCUGAUGAAACGGCUGCCCAGCAGAGCCCUUCGCAGCAGCCCCGCGGGCGCCGCGGGCUUGGGCAGAGGGGCUCAUCAGGCCAGGGUUCUCCAGGAUCGGCGUCCAAGCAGAAGCCAUGUGACUUGCCUCUUCGCUUGCUGGUUCCCACCCAGUUCGUUGGAGCCAUUAUAGGGAAAGAAGGUGCUACCAUUCGGAACAUUACCAAACAGACGCAGUCGAAAAUUGAUGUCCAUCGGAAGGAGAAUGCAGGUGCUGCUGAGAAGUCAAUUACUAUCCUUUCCACCCCCGAGGGCACCUCUGCAGCUUGUAAAUCUAUUCUGGAGAUUAUGCAUAAGGAAGCUCAAGAUAUAAAAUUCACGGAGGAGAUUCCCUUGAAGAUUUUAGCCCAUAAUAACUUUGUAGGCCGUCUUAUUGGUAAGGAAGGAAGAAACCUUAAGAAAAUUGAGCAAGACACAGACACUAAAAUCACAAUAUCUCCAUUGCAGGAAUUGACGCUGUAUAAUCCGGAACGCACGAUUACAGUUAAAGGCAGUGUUGAAACAUGUGCCAGAGCUGAGGAAGAGAUAAUGAAGAAAAUCAGGGAGUCUUAUGAAAAUGAUAUUGCUUCUAUGAAUCUUCAAGCACAUUUAAUACCUGGAUUAAAUUUGAAUGCCUUGGGUCUGUUCCCACCCACUUCAGGGAUGCCACCUCCCACCUCAGGGCCCCCUUCAGCUAUGACUGCUCCUUACCCACAGUUUGAGCAAUCAGAAACAGAGACUGUCCAUCUGUUUAUCCCAGCACUGUCUGUUGGCGCUAUCAUUGGCAAGCAGGGACAGCACAUCAAACAGCUUUCUCGCUUUGCUGGAGCUUCUAUUAAGAUCGCUCCAGCUGAAGCACCAGAUGCUAAAGUGAGGAUGGUGAUUAUCACGGGGCCACCAGAGGCUCAGUUCAAGGCUCAGGGAAGAAUUUAUGGAAAAAUUAAAGAAGAAAACUUUGUUAGCCCUAAAGAAGAGGUGAAACUUGAAGCUCACAUCAGAGUGCCAUCCUUUGCUGCUGGCAGAGUUAUUGGAAAAGGAGGCAAAACGGUGAAUGAGCUCCAGAAUUUGUCAAGUGCAGAAGUUGUUGUCCCUCGUGACCAGACACCUGAUGAGAAUGACCAAGUGAUUGUCAAAAUAACUGGUCACUUUUACGCGUGCCAGGUUGCCCAGAGGAAAAUUCAGGAAAUUCUGACUCAGGUGAGGCAGCACCAGCAGCACAAAGGUGUGCAGGGCGGACCCCCUCAGCCACGGCGCAAGUGAGGCUCGGCAGCCACAGGGGCCGCCGCCAGACCAAA